GAGAGAGAGAGAGAGAGAGAGAGAGAGAGAGUCAAAGGUCAAUUUUCUAAUAAACAUUAUUUGUUAGAGUAUCGUGUCUUCUUAUUGGAUUAUACAGCCCUGCCUCCUACAAUGAAGUUGCAUUAUCAUUAUCUGAUUCUGGAGAUCAUUAUUAAAGUACUACAGUAAAAAUUGUAACAAGUCUGUUGAGUACAAACUUGCUCACGUGAUGUGUAAUAUGACCUCUGUUCUCAGGAGUGGUAGAUAAAAAUCUUUUAAACUUUAGUCAGACCGAAGCUGAUCCAAAGAUGAAUGUCUGUGAACACUUGAGACAAUAACACCUUGGAAGUCUGGAGGAGGAAAAGAGUGCAGAAUCAGUCUCUCUCUCCAAUUAUAGACUUCCAGUUAAAUUGGUUUGGAUGUGUUUGCUUGUAAGAAUGAUAAUAGAUAGUUUGCUCUAGGUUCAAGGCAUGUCACAACAGCUUAGCACAUGUGAAACAUAACCAUAUACACUCCAUUUUAGGAUUGUGUCUGUUUUAGAUACUUUUUCUUGUUCUCACAGAUGGACAAUCAAAGACUUUUACAGAGUGAGAAUUUCAAUACUAAUCCUGUUUAUGGUCUAAAUGAAGCACAACUAGAUAUCCAGGGCCAGCGCAGGUGGAAGGCGCAUCGGACAAUUUGUGGAAAGCUGAAGAGCCGGUAUUCAGGUCCAAAGCUCAAGAGCUGCUUCCUGUCUAUUGCACCUCUCUUGUCAUGGCUGUCACAAUACUCGCUCAGGAAAAAUGCUGUUGGGGAUGUGAUAUCAGGAAUCAGUGAAGGAAUCAUGCGCCUGACUCAAGGCAUGGCUAAUGCAUUGCUGGCUGCAGUUCCUCCAGUGUUUAGUCUGUAUUCAUUUUUCUACCCUGUUCUCAUCUACUUUAUAUUUGGGACAUCCAAACACAUCUCUGUGGAACACAGGAACAGAUGUUACAGAGCUGUGACCUUAAAUGACCUCGCUUCAUGAACAGCGGAUACAUGAACCUGCAAACCUGAAAGAACCCUUCAACACUGGGGUUUAGAUGAGACACUUCUAGACAAAACAAGAAAGGAGAAGAACUUCCUAUUUUGAUUUAAUGGUUUGGAGCAACUGUUUGCAUUCAUCUGGAUUCAAGGUGACAUGUGGCAACAGCUGUUGAACAUGAAAU